AUGCCAUAUGUAACUUAUCCAGAUGGUAAUAAAACUAUGAAUAUCAAUUCCGAAAAUUGUCUUGAAAUUACAUUCGAAAUUGGCGAUGGAGAAACAAAUAAAGGACAUUUUUCAUCUGGUGAAAAUAAUAUUUCAAAAAAUGAUACAGAAAACAGCAGUGAUUGUUUAAUUGAUGCAGUUUCUCAAGCAUUCGAAAAAUCAAAUAUUGAACAUUCAAAAAAUAUUAAAAUAACACAAAAUAAUUUAGCAAAUCAAAUUGAACAUGAUAAAUUGAUUGAACAUAUAAUUAAAAAUGGUUAUCAUGCAUAUUAUAUAACAUAA